CGCUUGUAUAAAUACUUUCUCAUACAUGUCGGAACCGCCCUUGGACGUUCUCAAGCAUGUGGUGGAUGUCCACUGUCACCCGACGGAUUCAGAAAUUCCGUCAAAUGUAAUCGACGAACUUCCCAUAACUAUCUGCGCUAUGGCCACUCGACCAGACGAUCAGUCUCUAGUUGCUGACCUUGCAAAGUCCCAUCAGGACAAGGUAGUACCGUGUUUCGGCUUUCAUCCGUGGUUUGCACAUUGGAUCUCUGUAGCUCCUGGAGCACUACCUUCCAAAGAACAGCACUACCGUUCUCUCUUCUUGAAGGAGGAUGAAUCCGGUUCAACAAACGAUGAGCAUGUCCAAGCACUAGAGAAAAUGCUGCCAUGUUUACCGGAACCCAUGCGACUAGGAGAUUGCAUAUCAUCCAUUCGUCAACACUUUAGUGCAUUUCCAGGAGCUAUGCUUGGAGAAGUCGGCCUAGAUAGAUCUGCAAGAGUUCCUCUUGAUUAUAACUCCGAGCAGCGCGAGUUAUCACCAUUCUCUGUACCAUUUGAGCACCAGCUUGCUAUCUUAGAGGCUCAACUGGCUGUGGCCGUGGACAUGAAUCGGACUGUCAGCAUACACAGUGUCAAGGCCCAGAAGGUGACCAUCGAUCUCCUUGAACGUAUGAAGAACAAGUAUGGGGAGUCCUGGACUCGCAUCAGUAUCGACAUGCAUAGUUGUGGAUUCAGUCCAGAAACAUGGCACGCUGUUGAAAAAUCUCAUCCGAACGCGUUCCUCUCACUCUCUACUGUCAUUAACGGACGAUCACCAAAUCAUCGCAAAUUAAUUGACGUAGUUUCCCCAGACCGACUUUUGGUUGAAUCCGACAUUCAUGAAAUAGGCCAAUGUGCGGCGCGCACAUGGGACAUGGUCCUCACUAUAGCUGACGUAAAAGGAUGGAAAGUCGAGGAGAAAUGGGAAGAUGAGGUCGACGAAAGUAAAUGGGGUGUCGUACGGAGGCUUGAACAUAACUUCAAAUUAUUCAUGGAAGGCGGGCAUAAACCUCGUAUAAAGGGGAAGAAACGAAAUUAA